CACUCCACACUCGCCUUGGCAAUGGCUGACAAGGCUGCGAUCUACGGCUUGUGUUGUCAGACCAGUUUACGAGCUAACCAAGCGAACCUACAGAGCAUUGACUCCAGCGAUCAGACUAGGUUGCAUUUCGCGGCUUGUUUUGUCGGACCUGACCUGUCACGAUUCAUGAAUCAUGACUGACGAGAACUAGUGACACAUGAAAUCAGGCAUGGACUCCGCCUUACUGUAGGAGUUAAGAGUAAUUGGUAGGGAGCGACUGACAAGUAUCACUGACACAUACGCGACGCGACAGAGGCGCCUAGGCUGUGUGACGCUGACUGUUGUCUCGUCGAACGGAGUCGUGCUGUUCUUGACCGCCGCAACGACCCUGGCCUGGAGCGCAGUGCAUCUAAUUCAAAGCCCAGAGCACACAUUUUCUCGCACUCGCCUCUGACGUUCGCUUUGGUUUGCGGUUUCCUAGGAGUGGGCCUGCCCUUUUUUUCGUUCUCACGUAUGCACAGUAGCUCGCAGUCAAUCGCGUAGAAACUUCAAACUGUCAUACCUUCAAGACUAGUACACUCCGAAGUCGGAGACGCGGGCUUUAAUCAGUCAUUCAUUCUCUUCAUCGCGAGCCUUCUUAUAGGACUUCCGGCGUCGACGCAUCACGGCUCCUCAGAACCGAGUAUUUCUAGUUCCGAACCGUUUCGUAGCGCUGUUCACUCCGGCUAGGUUAUCGAACACUCGAAGCACGACCGAUCAAAGCGAACCCAUCGUCCACUCGGCUAGGGUUCCUAGCCCUCAAAGCGAUAUUUAUCAUUAAUUCCUCCCAGCUAGGGUUUCCACGAGCAGCCGCGGCUGGUUCGGUGCCAGGCUCCUUUGGGACCAAUCAUAUCGAGCCACGUCAGCCAGUAAUGGACGGGUCAAGCCCAGAAGCGGGGAGACCGCAGCAGCAGCAGCAGGAAGAGACCUUUUCCCCGCUUUUGUCGCCGCUUUCGCAGCGAGCGGGCGACGGCGUCGCACGGCCGCCGCUACUCCCGCAGGCGAUUUCGUUGCGACGGGCGAUCGAGGAGAGCGCGAGAGACGAUGAGGAGCAUCCGUGGCUGGAAAGCAGCUUUCGCGACGACCGCGCCGCAAAUGCUGCCGCGAAUGGCGCGUCGGGCACCACGUCAGCAACGGCGGAAGAGGCGGAUCCGACGGAGCUGAACAGCGUGCCCGACGACUGCCUGAUCCUGAUUUUCCGGAAGCUGUCGUCGGCUGAUCUGAACCGUUGCUCUCUCGUGUGCCAACGGUGGAAGGACCUGGACGCCUCUUCUCGCUCGCGCAUGGCCCUCCGCGCGUCCUUCCACCUCUCCCCCUUCCUCCCCUCGCUGCUGCUCCGCUUCUCCGCCCUCCAGCGCCUCACGCUGCGCUGCGAGCAGCCCCCCCCCGCGCUCCUCGCCCCGGGGGGCGGAGGGGGGAGCAGCAGCGCGGGGGGGGGGGGGGGGGAGGGGGCGGGGGUGGGGGAGCAGACGCAGCAGAUGGGGGGAGCGGGGUACGGUGGGGGGUAUGUGAGUGGGGCGCGGGGCAGGCAGGCGAGUGCGGUGAGGAGCAUCGGGGACUCCAGCCUUGAGUUCAUUGCCCGCACCCUGCCUCGCCUCAAGAAGCUGGACCUGCGGAACUGCCUGGAGGUGACGGACGCGGGCAUGGAGGUGGUGGCGCGCACAUGCACGGGGCUGCACAAGUUCGUGGCUGACAACUUCCGCUUUGGCCCCGAGGGCAUUGCAGCGCUGCUGCUGCACUGCACUGAGCUGGACGACUUGACGCUCGUGCACAGUGCCAACGCGGGUCAGCCCCUCCCCAUGCCCCCGCCAUCCACCGACCCCCUGCUCCCCCCUGGGUCCCAAACCACCCUCGCUCUGCGCCGCCUGUGCCUCAAGGACCAACGGCAGGCCGCCAUGUGGCAGCCAGUCAUGGAGGCGUGUGGGGGGACACUGGGGACGCUCAUUCUGGGGAGGAACACGGGCAAUUGGGACGCGGCUAUAGAGGGGCUGGUGGCGAGGAACAAAACGGCAGUUCUGAAACAGUUAUUGGUGGAGAAGACCCUUCUUUCAGAUCGCUCCCUCCAUGCUUUGGCCCAGUGCCCCGGUCUCGAGCUCAUGGGCAUCGUGCAUUCGCCGCACUGCACCGACGCUGGCAUGGCUGCUGUGGCUGCUGGGUGCCCCCAGCUGCGGUGGGUUCACAUCGACGGGUGGUCCUCGGGGCACAUUGGGGAUGCUGGAUUGACUGCCAUCGCCAAGCACUGCAGUCAGCUGCAGGACCUGGUCAUAGUGGGGGGCUCCUGCACCCUCGCCUCUCUGCAACAACUCGCAUCCGGCUGCCCCAAUCUCGACCGCCUCACUCUCUGCUACAUGCGCUCCAUAGGCGACGACGAGGCGUCCUGCAUUGCCACGUCGUGCCGCAAGCUGCGCCGCCUCUGCCUGCUCGCCUGCCCCAACAUCACUGACGCAGCCGUCCUUUUCCUCGCCACGGGCUGCCCGAGCCU